AAUGAAUAUUUAUAUUUUGAACGGUAGCAACAACUUUACUUUACAACUUACAAGUGGAAUUAAAAAUCAUGGGACUGCUCACAAUUCUGAAGAAGAUGAGACAGAAGGAAAAGGAGAUGCGACUUCUUAUGCUAGGGCUGGAUAAUGCAGGGAAGACCACUAUAUUGAAGAAAUUCAAUGGAGAAGAUAUCAACACAAUAUCUCCAACGCUUGGCUUCAACAUCAAGACAUUAGAGCAUAAAGGGUUUAAACUGAACAUAUGGGAUGUAGGUGGUCAGAAGUCGCUCCGUUCUUACUGGAGGAACUACUUUGAGAGUACAGAUGGAUUGAUCUGGGUGGUGGAUAGUGCUGAUAGAAGAAGAUUGAUGGACUGCAAACAGGAGCUGCAUUCUCUGCUUUUAGAGGAGAGGCUUAAUGGUGCUACAUUGAUAGUCUUUGCUAACAAGCAGGAUUUGCCUGGUGCUCUGUCUGCCGAUGAAAUCAGAGAGGCAUUAGAACUGGAUAACAUCAAGACCCAUCAUUGGUUGAUUCUGGGAUGCAGCGCAGUAACGGGUGAAAAUCUACUCUACGGUGUCAACUGGCUGAUAGAUGACAUUGCUUCCAGACUCUUCACUAUGGACUGAUCAUGAGUCACUCUUGAUUUUCUCACAAAGGGAGCAAGGGAUCGGCAGCUUUUGGAACUUAUUCACAUUCUGCAGCUUUGUGGUUCCCCUGGCCUAUACAAGAGCCUCAAAUACUAUGUCUAAGAGUUCUGCGAGCUACGAGUACUGUGAACUCUAUGGCCUAUCUUUUGAGCACAUGGCUAGCUACUGGGUCUUCUAUCAUGAACAGCUCAUUUAUCUGCUCUCGAGGAAUGAUCGCACUGCGAAGAAGAGAGAAGA